AUGACCAAUGCUCAAAAUGAACUAAAUUAUAUUACAAAUGAUAUUCUAGAAGCAGAACUUGAACAAAUAAUAGAAAAUUAUUCAAAUUCAAUUGAAUAUGAUAAUGAUAUGUUCAAUAACAAUAUUGAAGAAUUCAAUGCAGAUUAUAUUUCUGAUGAUGAUAAUUUAGAUAAAAUGAUACAAUUCGAUUGUGAAAAUUUGGAA